GUCUCUCUCUGUUUUGCUGACGUUGAAUCUUGGACAACCAACCGAAGACCAACAUCAUGACUGACCGUGAGGAUAUCGUCUCGCAGGCCAAGCUUGCCGAGCAGGCCGAGCGCUACGAUGACAUGGCCAAUGCCAUGAAGAAGGUCACCGAGAUGGACAGCGAGCUGUCCAACGAGGAGCGCAACCUUCUCUCCGUCGCCUACAAGAACGUUGUGGGUGCCCGCCGCUCCUCGUGGCGCGUCAUCUCCUCCAUCGAGUCCAAGACCGAGGGCUCGGAACGCAAGCAACAGAUGGCCCGCGAGUACCGCGAGAGCAUUGAGAAGGAGCUCAAGGAGAUCUGCGAGCAGGUCCUCGAGCUGCUCAACUCGCACCUCAUCCCCAAGUCCUCGUCGGCUGAGAGCAGAGUGUUUUACCUCAAGAUGAAGGGUGACUACUAUCGUUACCUCGCCGAGGUUGCCGUCGGCAACGAGCGUGACGAGAUUGUCAACGACUCGCAGGCCGCCUACAAGGAGGCCUUUGACCUGAGCCAAGCUGAGAUGGCUCCCACCCACCCCAUCCGCCUGGGUCUGGCUCUUAACUUCUCCGUCUUCUACUACGAGAUCAAGAACUCCCCCGAUGAGGCUUGCUCUCUGGCCAAGCAGGCUUUCGAUGAGGCCAUUGCCGAGCUCGAUACCCUCAACGAGGAGUCGUAUAAGGACAGCACCCUCAUCAUGCAGCUGCUCCGUGACAACCUGACGCUAUGGACCUCGGACUCGUCGGGUGAUGUUGAUGCCGGUGACGACAACUAAGUUCUGAGCCGCUGCUGCGCUUCUUCCGUCACAUGUUGGCCAUGUGGUGGUUGGCUACCCUUCCCCGUCCGUCUCUUUUGUCUGUUGAUCAUUCUCGCUGAACCAGCAGCAGCCUCCAGGGAGACAUGACCCUCUUCACGCCUUUUGGUGGUGGCUUGACCCGUGCUCGUGUCAGGACGACCUCAUUUGGCGUUGAGCGGGUGUCAUUCUCUUCUGCUUUUAAUUUCCAGGGGCUGCUUGCAGGGAUUGCUGCAAUGUUUUCUGGCGUUGUCUGGUUUGGUGGCUUUCUUGUGGCUGUCUUGCCAUGUCUCGUCGUGUCCUGUCUCGUGUCUCCUUUCACCUGUCCUCUCUUCUUUCCUGGAUCCGUGCUCUCGUGGUGCGUGGUGUGGGUUUGAUGUCUUUGGAGGAUGUGAGUGGUGACGCUGGCGGGGCGGCGGCGCAUGCGUUGUCUCUGGGAGAGGCGGAAUCAGGCGUGCUCUUGUAUCAUGUUGUUUGUGAAUUGUGUGAUGGUGUUGGUGAUUGUUUGCACCUGCUGCUCAUUUUUUGUGAUGCGUUUUUCGCUCCCCGUGCUUUGCUCGGCGAACCCAAAAAGAAACAAAAACACG